AUGGCGGAAAAAGAUCAAGGGAGGAAAGUCAGUGUUUAUAGAAGUGUUUCAUUCCAGUAUUUGAGCGAGUGGAGAGCUAAGAGCCCGGCUGAUGAAAGCCAGCACAAAUCCAAACUUUUUACAAGUUCCGCCCAGCCCCCACCAGCUUCGCUUUCUGCUGGAGAUAGGAGUCAGCAGCAGCCGCCGCCGCAGCCGACACCGACCCCGACCACGACCACCCGGUCCGCCAGCAAAAUCCGCUCCGUUUGCAAACUGGUCUCUGCCAACCUCGCCAGCCCGGAGAUCAAGAGGAGCCACCCGAUCUCGCCGUCCAUCCGCCAGCUCUCGGAGUUGUUUGACAGCGGGGAGAGCCCCCCGCCUGGCCCCCAUGCGGCGAGACCCCCACCACCCCCACCCCCACCCCUGGGCAGGGCUGCCGAGCGGCAGCAGGUGACAGCGGCCGGGGGGACACGGCAGAGGGAAGGGGGGGAGACGGAGGUCCUGACUGAGGGCUUGGCUCCCGUGCUCGGCGAGGAGGAGGAGGAGGAGGAGGAGAAGGAGGAGGUGGUGGAGGUGGGGGGAGGAGGAGAUGAGGCGCCGUCCGAUGUGGCGGCCAGCCCCCAGCGGAGGGGUCAAGGUGGCCGGAGGAUGAACUUGGAGGAGCUCCGGGCUGACCAGCACCUGGCCGCUGACGCCGAGCACCAGCAGCAGCAGCAGCAGCCACUCGCCAGCCCCGCCAGCCCCGGCGAAGCUGCCCACUGGCCCAGUGUCACCGAGAUGCUCAAGCUGUUCGGGGAGCCCGGCUCCAGGAAGCCCCCGAGACUGACCCCCGAUCCCGCCAGCUCCUGCCCGUGGGGGGAGCCUCCCGGCGAGGGCCAGGCGGCCAGCUGCCCCCGGCCCGAAGGUACCUGCAGCCCCGUCAGACUCGCCCCGUCCAGGUCUGCGGCGAACCCCGGCCCCCAGCCGCCGGCCAGCGGCGAGCAGAAGCCCCUCAGCUGGGGUGAAGCUGGGACCCUUGGCUGCAGAGUCCCACCCCCGCCCCCACCGCCUCGCAGCUCCCUACCAUUAGCUCUGAGGUUGCCUUGGCGUUCCUCUGGUCUGCACAAACAAGAGGGAAGACAGGAAUCGGAUAGUUUACAUUCCACACAUAACUGCUCCAAACCACAGGCUGUCCCCACUACUACGAGCAUACAGGCGAGCUCUAGCGACGAGGAGCAAUACAGCAGAGACCUGGUGCAGCACAGCAACCCCAGCAGCAGCAGCAAAGUUGGAAAGAUUAGCAGGUCCCAGGACCGGUCUUCAGGGAGUGAGGAAGAUCACCCCAUGGUUCACAGGGAUGUCAAGAGAAGGUCACUGAGGAAAAAGAAAGCCAGUAUCGUGGUGGGGAGUAAAAAUGAGUCUGACAGCGAUGACCCCUUAGGUGAAUCUAUGGCGAGGCACGAAGGACAUGGUCAGUUGGAGCAUUUCUCUUGCAAAAGUGAGGAAGGUUUGAAGUCACAGCCAACAGCUGAAUCAGACUCCCCGGCACUGGACUGUUCUUCCCCAUGUGGCUUGGCAACCCUUCCUCGCGAGAGCAAACAUUGUGUCUCAGCAGCUUGCCAGACAAGCAAAGUUGAACAGAGCCAUAAAAGGUCUCUCGGGCUGCUUGGAGAUAGUGGAACGCCCAGCCCUACAAAUCAGCCUCACAGCACUUCAGGGUCACCCAUACCCAUGGUCUCCAGAGUUGCAAAAGUCAACAUCCAGUCCUUCCUUCAGAGUCCCAGCAGCUCCAGGAGCAGCAGCAGGUACUCCAGCACUGAAACACUAAAGGAGGAAGACCACUAUUCUGGAUUAAACAGGAACUUUCAAGGGAGUUUGAAUAUGCACCGGACACCGAGCUUUGGUCACGGCGAUGAGAUGGCCAAACAUUUGAAACCAUUGGUGCGUUCCCGACCCAAGCUGCCUUUCGGGAUUGUCAAGGUAAUGACUGAGGGUUCAACAGGGAGUGUGAGUCCACAGUAUGAAUGUAGCACUGAUAAAUCUAAGCACAGAAAGUCUAUGUCAAAUCCUGACAUAGCAUCUGAAACACUGACUUUGUUUAGCUUUCUUAAAUCGGACUUUUCAGGGCUCAGGAUGAGGAGGAAAGAAAAUGAUGAUUUUGAUAGUGAUGGGGUUAAUCAUGAUCGCUUUGGAGGCACUCACUGCCAAAACACAAAGCAGCAACAUGAGCUCGCCUCAGUGGGAAGAGGCAGGGGCUCGCUCCAUUCUUUAAACCAGCAGUCUGCAGGUGUGCGUCCUACUCUCAAAGACCUCACUGCCACACUGCGGCGUGCCAAAUCUUUCACAUAUUCUGACAAGCCAGUGACACGCAGGCCUAUUGCUCGCACUCUCAUGAAACCCAGUAAUUCAGAGGCCACACUUUCGAACAUAGGAUGCUGCGAUUCUGCUUCAGAGGGAGAAAGCCAAGAUACAGCCCAUCAGAGAAGUGAGGACUUGCUGCCUGUCGACAUGCAGGUUCAGUACAUCCAGGAAGCAGGGCAGCUUUUUGAGAAAAUCAACACGAUGUGGUCUCAGAAGGAAUCCCCUCACAAGCCCGAUCAGAAGGACGCGGAAUGUCAUAAACGUGCGGAGGAGGAUGCAAAGUUUCAGAAAGAUGCUGAGAUGCUGGCUGCUGCAGCAGACGAAGAGCUGGAGAACGUGAAAAGAGGGGAGUCUGAGGAGAAUUUAUCUGGUGGGAAAUCGGCCGACGAUUUAUCAGGUCCCGAGUCCAGCAUGACCGAUGAAGGAAUUGUUACCGAGCCUGAGACUGGAUCCAGCAGCACCUUGUACAAGGAAAUUCCUAGUCACGUGUUGGUGCGAAAACCAGCCAGCGGCCUCAGUAAGGAGAACGAAAAGGAGCUGCUUGUCAACCAAGGCAUGACUCCUGCAAUGACAGCAGUGAGGACUGGCUAUGAGAGUGUCGCAAUAGGAGGGAAUGUGGUGUACAAUAAAACUGCUGCUUCAGUCACUUUGGAUCCUCCUUCAACUCCGAGCUCCAUUCGACGCAGAAGGAAAUUUCCUCCUGGUGGCAGCAAUGGAUCUGAUUCCAGCAACGGGAGCAAUGGGGAGUCCAGUGGUGACACCUACAGAUCUUUUAGUGACCCUAUGCCACAUCGGAAGUGCUCAGAAGAAACUGAAAAUUUCUCAGUUGACAGCAACUUAUUGGGCUCGCUAAACUCCGUCAAAGGUGGCAUCCUGGAAUGUUCAGCCACUGCCUUAUCAGAGUGCACCGGAAGUGCAGCCAGUGACUUGUCAGUUUGCAGUGAUGGCUUAAAGGAUUACAACACGGUGAUUCAGCGUAUAGUUAGAGAACCAGGGACAAUGGACAAAGUGAUUGAUGAAAAAGGUAAUGGAAAGUUGGUGAAAAAAAAAUCACUCAGCGACCCAAGUCGGAGAGGUGAGUUGAGCACCCCAGGGUUUACGGGUCCUAGUGAGCCGAUAACUGAGAUGGAACAGGCGAUUCCAACAUCUAGCAGUGAGCCCAUCCUUUCUGAGCAGAGAGAUGAAGUAGGGGACCUGGAGGAGUUUUCCAAGCAGGUUAGGAAGCCCCGUUCACAGUCUGAACGCACACUGCCCUUGCAGGUCAUUGAGGAACAGGAUAAAGCUAAUUUACAGAACUUCAGUUUGCACCCAAAGCUAGCAGAAGUUCUUUCACCACGAUCAAUGAGACGCAGCUCCAAGAAGCGUAAUAACAGGGUCACGCAACAGGAGGGUAGAAAGUAUGAGAUGUUGGGCGAGAUGGACCAGUCACCACCGCUCAAGACACGACCUUCAACCAAGCACAUAAGGCACACAAGUGAGCCAGCCAAUUUUGUUCCCAUUGCUUCUAAAGUCAUUGCCCCAGAAACCCAUUUGUCUUGUAGCCAGCCAGUUCACGUCACUGCCCCAGAACCCACAAGACAAUCUAGAAAGCAGUUACCCCUUACACAAACUCCAUCCUUGGAAGAUGUCACCAAGCAGUACAUUUUGAAAGGGGAAUCGUCCCUUCAACCACCAGUGGAUUUGUCUGCCUCGGCCCCUGGAACGCCAACCAGCACCGAAUCCCGAAUUCCCUCCCUACCAAAACCAAAUGAGGAACUAGGAGCAAGCAUCAACAAAGGCAAACCUCAAGUGGAUAUGAGAAAACAUGUGAUGAUGACCCUGCUGGAUGCAGAACAGUCAUACGUGGAGUCCCUCCGAACGCUCAUACAGGGAUACAUGAGGCCUCUGAAGCAGCCGGAGAAUUCAUGUAUCUGUGAUCUGGCCCUUGUGGAUGAUAUGUUUUUCCAGAUUCCAGAAAUCCUGGAGCAUCAUGAGAAGUUCUUAGAGCAGGCGCAUCAUUGUGUCCUAAACUGGCACGAGAAACAGAAAGUGGGCGACCUGAUGAUUGAAACAUUCUCCAAGGAUGUACUGGCCAACUCAUACUCUGCAUACAUCGAUAACUUUCUCAAUGCCAAAGAGGCUGUGCGAUUGGCCAAGGAUGCGAAGCCAGCAUUUAUUAAGUUUUUGGAGCAAAGCAUGAGGGAGAAUAAGGAGAAGCAAGCACUGUCUGAUUUAAUGAUCAAGCCAGUUCAGCGAAUUCCCCGCUACGAGCUUUUGAUAAAGGAUCUACUGAAGCACACUCCUGAUGAUCAUCCAGAUCACCCGUGCCUGCUCGCAGCACAGCGUUACAUUAAGUUGCUAGCUGAAAGGAUAAACAAGGGAAAGAAGAAUGCAGAGGAGGCAGAGAAAGAGGCUCGCAUCCUGCAGGAGAUAGAAUCGCAUAUAGAGGGCAUGAUGGAUGUGCGUAUCCAUGAAGAGCUCCUGGUUCCUCACAGAAAAUUCAUAAGGCAGGAGAUGGUGACUGAAGUGAAAACUGUAAGCAGCAAGAAGGAACGCUCGCUCUUUCUGUUUACAGAUCUUUUGAUUUGCACUACUUUGAAACGUAAAACAGGUUCUCUACGACGGAGUUCUAUGAGCUUAUACACAGCUGGGAGUGUGAUUGACACUGCAAGCAAGUACAAGUUCCUCUGGAAACUUCCCCUAGAAGAUUUGGAUAUCGUAAAAGGGACAGCCCAAGCCACAAACCGGGAGAACAUCCAGAAAACUCUCAAUCGACUGGAGGAAGAUUUCAGUAUCUUGAGUCAGAUUAGCACGUUGGCAGAGACACUCAGUAUCUCACAUCAGAGUCUGGAUGAUGUCAUUAAGGACCUGAUGGCCUCUGUGAACCGGGAGCUCUCUGAGAAGCAGUCACUCGCAGUCAGUACGAUGUUUCCACUCACAAAAAUUGAACUAACAGCCACAACAGCUGAUGGAACUGAAACAUUCAUUUUUGAAUUCAGUAGUAUUGAGGCACGAGCUGGCUUUGAACAAGCAUUCGAGGAGACCAAGAAGAAAUUAGCUUUGAACAGAGAUCACUGGGACCCAGAAUUCCUUAAGGCCAUUCCCAUCAUGAAGACACGGAGUGGUAUGCAGUUCUCCUGUGCAUCUCCUAGCCACGGUGGACCAGACAACACCCAUGAGGUUUGGGUAUGCAAUAGUGAUGGAUAUGUUGGACAGGUCUGCUUGCUAAGCAUCAAGCCAGUGCCCACUGUGGAAGCCUGUAUCGCAGUAUGCUCCGCAAGGAUUAUCUGCAUAGCCUCUGUGCCAGGCCUCAGUGGUACUUCCAGAGACAGGUCAGAGCUGCUCCUGAGCCCUUCCUGUGUACAUCCACACCGAACUAGCGCUGUCUCCUUGGAAGAACCUACUUCACAACAACCUUUCCAUAUCUCGAUUUCAAACUCUGCUCAGUCAAUGGGAGAGUUAACUGAAAGUGGAAACCGAAGCUUGAACCCAUUCGACAGUGAUGACACUGAAGAUGAUGAGUCAUCCCCAAGCCCUUCAGGCACACUGAGGAGUCAGGCCAGCAGAUCCACCAUCUCCUCAAGUACAGGGAAUGAGGAGAUGUCAAGUUCAAAGGAUUUUGCAACGGAAACAACAAGUUCAGAAGAGGAACCUGAGACUGAUUUCAUAGCCAACUCCAACGUGUUAUGUCAAACAAGGAACAGUGACAGUCCAAUGGAUGGACGGGCAAUGAGGCGUUCUAGUCGAGGGUCCUUCACCAGAGCAAGCCUGGAGGAACUUCUGAGUAUUGACCCUGAAGCCAACCAAAGCUCAAUGUGGCUUGGAACAGAGGAUGGCUGCAUUCAUGUCUAUCAGUCAUCCGAUAAUAUCCGUAACCGGAAGAACAGUAUGAAAAUGCAGCACUCCGCAGCGGUCAUGUGCAUCCUAUACCUCGACAACAAGGUUUUUGUGUCACUGGCAAAUGGCGAAUUGAUGGUCUACCAAAGAGAUGCAGGGAGUUUUUGGGAUCCACAGAACUCACACACGUUGUGCUUGGGAUCUCCAGGAAAUCCUGUCACCAAGAUGGUGCAGGUGGCAGGAAAGCUUUGGUGCGGAUGCCAGAACCGGAUUCUCAUCAUCAACACUGCCACGCUUUGCCAGGAGCACAUGAUCCAGAUUGGCCAAGACAGCAAUCGGUGUGUGACAAGUAUGGUCAGCUCGAGCUUGGGGGUUUGGGUUGCACUACAGAGCAGCGCUCAGGUUAAACUCUACCACGCCGGCACCUAUGAAAACCUGACAGAAGUCGACGUGGCUCCCGCGGUGCACAAGAUGCUUGCAGGUUCCGAUGCCAUUAUUCGUCAGCACAAAGCUGCCUGCUUACGAAUUACUGCCCUACUUGCCUGUAAAGACCUUCUCUGGAUUGGAACGAGUGCUGGUGUGGUGUUAACUCUCUCUAUUCCCCAUGUCACUGCCAACACCACCUCUCUCAGGACACCUUUAAUACCCAUGGGUUCGGCGCACGGGCACACGGGACACGUUCGAUUCCUCACAGCUAUUGAAUUGCCAGAAAUCUUCGAUCUCACGUUCCCACCAACAAGGGAGCCAGGUCGCCCCAGUACAGGUGGUGAAAGAUUGAUUGGUUCACAGAAGCGAGAUUCAGCAAGACGCCGAUCGUCUGCCAUUUUUCCAUUAAAAACCAACAUGCUGGUGAUCAGCGGAGGAGACGGGUAUGAAGACUUCCGCCUUACCAACAGUAGUGAGACUGUCGGCCGUGAUGAUAGCACCAACCAUCUGCUUCUGUGGCGUGUGUGAGAAGAGUGAAGCUUGGUGUUGGCUACAAGACUACUGUUAUUGUUUGUCUCCCAGUGUGCUUUGUCUAAUGCUUGGGCAUUUAGUCUCUGUGCGCAUUGUUUGUUUUUUUUCCUGUACACGAGCAGGACCCUGAGUGAAUGAUCAACAGUCUUAAGAAUGUCUACAGAUUGUGAAGCGCUCAGCCUGAAUUUUCUGCAAUGCUUGUGAUGCUAUAUUCUGUGUCGCACAGUGUGACGUGGAUAUGAAAUGGCUCAUGGUUGUGUGGGGCUUUGAAUGAGUACAUGGAACAAGAGAGAAUAGCCCCCAUCAUCAGUGAUAAUAAUGGGUUCCCAUUGAUGAAAAAGAAGCCGCUAAGUUUGGGAUCAAGAAAUGAUGCAAAGUGUUGCAGGAAGUUAAACAAAAAAAAGGCAAGGGAUUGUGGGAAUAAUAUUUUGUACAGGACAUCUUCAUGUAUGGUCAGAGCUCUGUUCCCCUUUAUCCCUUAACUUUUUGACCAAAUGUUGAAAAGCUGACAGUCCAUUUUAGCAACAAUUACGGGGAAUCUUUAUCUGUGCUUCAACCUGAUAGCAACGUGACUAAGUUUCAAGUAACCUCCAAGUAAUAAUUUCCAAUGAGAAGUUCAUCUGUGGGAACCUGUCUAGGACAAUGUUGGUGGUCUGCAUGGAUAUUGUGACAGUGGACUUCUGCUUUUUGUUGCUGUUUAAAAGGAAGAGGCCUUUUGGAGAUCAGAAGACUUCACUCUAAUGCAUCAUAUUUAUACGAACCAUAAAAAUGGAACUCACCGUGACAUGCGUGUAUGUACUGACAUACCCAAGGCAGACAUGUUCAUGAACAUUCAUUCUUAGUGAAUCUGCAUGAGAGAGAAUUGUGUUUGUAAUAUUAUCAUCUUUUAGACAAGGCACAAAUGUCUUUCCAUGUACUGUCACAUUCAUUCAGAGGACCGAUGAAUCGCAUUGUAAGUAUCUCAUUGUGUAUCCACAGUUGCAGCGUUCCAGUGUGUUCUUGGGUGUGUUCAACUGCCUUCUUAAUAGAAUGGAGUUGGUUCAUACAGAAACCAGAGAGGGUGUGUAAACUGACAAUGUGCAAUAUGUGGCCGAGAUCAUGGAGGACCAUCACUUGUUUAGGACCAUUCAAGCAGAGGACUUUCGAACGUUUGCAGCAGCAUCAGUUAAUUAGUGCCACAUAAUCACCUCAGUCUGUCAAAGGCUAUAAUCAUGGUUGAAGCUACCUUUUGGUCAGUUGUAUCGCAUUGGUCCUCCUGUACAGUAUUUAUGUUCAUUUUAACUUAGUUACUUUUACAGCACUUAAUUUAUGCAUUUAUCUUUUUGUUUAAAAGGUAUCGCUAGAAAUUUGACAAAGUUUGUUUGACAUUUUGUGGCUUAAUCUGGUUGUUUAUUCUGUGUAGUAGAGUUUUUGAAAAUGCAAGACUGAAUUAUGCGGAUCUUAACCUCGGUGAAUGAAAUGCAGUUUCUCCCAACUCCCCACAGAACUUCCGUUUUUCCCCUUAACAAUUCUGUAAUAAAACAGCAGUUAUAUUGUGAGAUGUUUGGUGUUAAAUCAGCGCAAAUGCAGAAGAUACUUUCUGGAAAUUCCAAUGCAAUUGUUAAUUGGGUUGAUGAACGGUAUGCAACCAAAACACUAUAAACUUGCCCUCCUCUUUACAGGUGCUCACUGACCUGUUGUGGAUUUCUACCGUUUUCUGUUUUUAUUUUUAAUAAUUGGGUAGGAUAUUUGAUGAAGGCUAUUUUACUUAUGAAAGUGAAAGCAGAUUUUUGAAUGACUUUCGGGGUCAAAGAUAAUGGGAAUCUAAAUUGAACAUAAACUGUUACUGUUUUCAACAAAGUUCUGCAUCCAGGGCAGUGGAGAGAAGAAUGUAGCCCAAUAUCUGCUUAUUUUGUUCAUUGAUUUGUUUCUAAAGCCUUUCAGAUGUGUGGUAUACAAUUAAACCUUCUGAUGUUA